AUGGCAUCACCGACUCAGUGGACAUGUUUGAGGAAGCUCCGGGAGAUGGUGAAGGAUAGGGAAGCCUGGCGUGCUGCAGUCCAUGGGUUCUCAGGGAGUCGGAGACGACUGAGCGACUGAAAAACAUCAGCCGGAACAAAAUCCCCGGAAAGAACGCGCCCCAAAGCUAGUAGGCUUGCGCGCAUCUUCUCGGAUAAGGGUGCUCGGCCUCCCAGGCGUUUAGAGGUGGUUCCCGAACUGCCUGGGGACUGAGAAUUGCCUCUCGGGGACUUUGCUGGAAAGGUUCUGUCUCAAAAGCCUCUCUCUAGAUCCAGUCGGAAACCCCAGAGAUGGCGCAGUUAGGAAAAUGAACAUGAUUUUCAACUUAAACUAGACAUUCCAACCUCCCCCGACUCUGGCCCGUCUAGGCUUCAGUUUCCCGUCACCUCGAGGGCUCAGGUCCACCUCCCCUCCGUCUCUCGCCUUGCCUGGAAGUGGGGGACCGACCCUGGCGGGCGGGGAGCGAGGAAAGGCGGAGCACAGCGCGCGGGGCCGCUGGGCGGGGGACCUUUAUAAACGUGCGGGCAGCUGCCUGGCGCCGCGCUAUGCUCCAGGUGGAGACUUCUCAGCGCUGCGACCAAGAACAGGGCUCCACCCGAGCCGCCCUGAGCCCUUGUCCGCCGCUUCUGCAUUUCUAAAUCGGCUUCUCUGUCUGUCUCUCUCUCCACUUGCUUUUAAAACAGGGGGAAAACAACCUUGGGCAGCUCUAGGUUGGUUUGUUUUUCUUGUGUCUUUCAGGACCCUUGGCCGGGAGUGCCCGCGAGGAGGACCGGAUGCCGGCGGCGGAGGCGCAGCUGCCGGACUGCGCGUGGUCCUACGGGAUGAAGCUCAGCUGGGACAUCAACGACCCGCAGAUGCCGCAGAAGCCAGCUCACUUUGACCGCUUCUGCGAGUGGCCGGACGGCUACGUGCGUUUCAUCUACAGCAGCGACGAGAAGAAGGCGCAGCGCCACCUGAGCGGCUGGGCCAUGCGCAACACCAACAACCACAACGGCCACAUCCUCAAGAAGUCGUGCCUGGGUGUGGUGGUGUGUGCGCAGGACUGCGCCCUGCCCGACGGCUCGCGGCUGCAGCUGCGGCCAGCCAUCUGCGACAAGGCGCGGCUGAAGCAGCAGAAGAAGCCUUGUCCCAACUGUCACUCUGCUUUGGAGUUGAUCCCCUGUCGAGGGCACAGCGGUUACCCUGUAACCAACUUCUGGCGACUGGAUGGCAACGCGAUCUUUUUUCAGGCCAAGGGAGUUCAUGAUCACCCAAGACCAGAGAGCAAAUCAGAGACGGAAGCUAGAAGAAGUGCAAUCAAGAGACAAAUGGCUUCUUUUUACCAACCACAGAAAAGGAGAAUUCGAGAACCUGAGGCAGGAGAGAGUCAAGAUCACAGCAGACAUUUCAACAACAUCCCUUCCCUGGAGAACGCAGAGGGCUUGGAUGUGCUUCCCGACGCUGGCUUCCCUGUUCCAGGCCAGCACUGCCUUUCCUUUCCAAACUCGGAUGCUUGCAAAGCUACCUGCGACCUCACCACCUUCCAGGGAGACAUAGUACCACCCUUUCAGAAGUAUUCGAACCCAAGAAUCUAUUUGCCCCGGCCCCCCUGCAGCUAUGAAUUGGCAGGUCCUGGGUAUGCAAAUUCGAGCCCGUAUCCCACCUUUUAUAAAGAUGCCGGCAGUAUCCCUAAGGACUCGGACUGGGUUCAGCUGAAUGCACUGCCAUACAACGUCAACACCUACAGCAGCUUUGAGAGGAGCUUUGAUUUCACCAGUAACCAGCACAGCUGGAAACCAGCCCUUGGAAAAGCUGGCCCAGGGGAGAGGAUGGACCAAGGACAGUUCCCGCCCGAGGCCACUCACCCUCAGCGCACCCCACAGCCCCCCUGCAGGUACCUCGCGACCGCCCCGCCCGCCGCUCAAGCCCUUCAGACGGUGAUCACCACCACCACCAGAGUCUCCUACCAGGCCUGCCAGCCCCCCGCCCUGAAAUGCUGUGACAACGUGCGGGAUGCAAAGAGCCUCUCCAGCUGUGACUAUGCUUCUGAAAACACCCAGAUGUCCAUCUACCCAGGAGCCUUGGACCUUCCAGCUCCAGUCGUCACGACAAGCUCUCCAACAGCAUCGCUUCCUCUGAAGAUUCCCAGAGAUUGCUGGACCGUCAGACAACAUUCUCUGCCUUAUCCUCUAGGAGCAGCACCCUCCCGGACAGACGGAGCAGAGGCCUGGGAAGUGUGUUCCUCCAGACUGGGGUCUGCAGUCAACUAUCCAGAUCGAAUCAGUCCAUUCUUUAGCUGUGACAAUGAGGACUUUUGAACAGCAGUCCUGGGCACAGCAUAAUACUGGUCUUCAUGUACGCAGUGGAAGACGACAUGGAAGCUCUCUCUUAAAUUGGGAGAUUCAUUUAGCAUGCAAAGAAAUAUGUAUUAUAUCAAUGAUAUUUAUGUACAUACAUAUGAUAGUAAAACCAAUGAUCAGAGUAAAUUAUAGACUGGAAAUGUUUAGUUACUAUAGUAAAUUUUGCACAGGAAAGCCUACUAUAGUACAUAGAAUCAGGUCUGGAAUGUGACUUCCAAAUGAACAGAUAAGCAUGAAAGUUGGGCCUCCCAGGUGGCGCAGUGGUAAAGAAUCUGUCUGCCAAUGCAGGAGACACAAGAGGUGAGGGUUUGAUUCCUGG